GCCUCUGGCAGGCAACAAGAGCGCACCAGCUUUGCAGCUCGCCAACGGCAACAAUUCUGCCAAAGUCAGACGAGCCGCGGAAUCGCUCUAUUCCGAUCGCGAUGGGCGCUCGCCCAGCCAGAGUCAGUCGGAAGAGGGCGUCGCGAGCGAGUACGAUGAGGAGGAAAAAGGUGCAAUGCUGCGCUCCGUCAAGCCUAGCGCUCCAAAGAGCGCACGGUCGCGCUCCUACGAUAGCAGCGAGAGCGAUAGCGAUGCGCCCAUGCAGGAUCCCAAAUGGCAGUCCAAACAUGCUGCUGCUGCUGCUGGUGCCAGCACCAGCGCUUCCAAUUAUGCCAAGGCCGCCCUGGUCAGAUCCAAAGGCAGUGAUGGCGAGUUUAUAGACGUCGACUCGGCUUCCGAAAGCAGCGGUGAUGAUGACUCUUUCUGAAUCACGAGCAGAGAGGUGCCCCCCCCCAACCCCUCACCUCCGCCAUCCACUUUCCGAAUCCCGAAGCGAACUGACUGUCAACGCACAUGCUCUCGAGAACAGAUCGUUUCGUACGCUGCACUCUUCAUCUCCACGACUGCAGACUGUGCAUCAUUACAAAUCUGCCUGGGAAGAGACGUUCAAUUCUGAUGCGCAAUAUUGUCGACCGGGUCGUAGCUUAUGAUUUGCCUAAUUGUACAGUGAAGAAGGCGUGUCGAAAGGGUCGUGGUGAAGAGUAAGAAAGGCAGGAAUGUCAGAGAAGGAACUAGAGUACCUGGGUCGAUGUCCUUGCCACAUCUGUCGAGUGUUUUUGAGAUUUGCUAAUCUCUGGGGAUACAUUGCGCCUGACGCAUCGAAGGUCCGUCGAGGCUUGCGCGAGCAGAAAGGCGGGGGGAAGGAGGGGGGGCAACUUUCAACGAGCCCAUGCAUCCUGAGCUCGUUACGUCGUGCUGUAUAGGAGCGAUGGGCAAAAUGGGGAGCGAUAUGAUGUGUCAAAGGUGUGCUGGUUGUCAUGACUCGUAGGCACAACGUCGCCCCUUUGAAAGCUGAGCCGAGUGUAGAGGGGUGUGCGAUAUCAGGCCAUCAGAUAGUCCAGGUAAGGAUAGAGUGGUGACGGAGAGGGUGCUGAUGUUGCAGAGCGGUGGCGUGGCGUGCUCGUCGCGCUUGAUACGUCACAAUGGGACGCCAAGCGCGCCUUGCAAGGCCAAGCCAUGGAAUGACCUAGGAUUCCGUGUUUCGACCCUGCCCCCGCUUCUGCUGCUGUUCCUUCGUGAGCGACAUGCGCCUUUUCGAUACGCGCCCUUGAUACCAAAGCCUUCCGAGUGAGAGGGGUGGAUGCUUAUCGUACGCCAUGUGAGACAAUGCAGGUGGAAGGGUGAAGCCCCCAGGACCAGGUCGUUCUGGCCCCAGGGUCAAGAGGUGAUCAUAUCGUCGGAUUGUGAAUGGAUCGCCCCUC